GUGAUAUACAAAAGUGAGCCGCUGUCGACCCCUCUCUGCCACUUGAGGUUUAAACACAUCACACGAGUCCGCUUGCGAUGAUGGGGAACAAGCUUUUUCUCAUUUUCUUCUCUCUGGCUUUGGCAGUUGGUUUUUUAUCGAUUGCGUUUGUUUUAAUUUGGGUUUUACACUUCCGAGAGGGACUCGGUUGGGAUGGAGGAUCGGCUGAGUUUAACUGGCACCCGUUGUUAAUGGUCAUCGGCUUUAUUUUUCUUCAGGGAAUCGCCAUUGUCGUGUACCGGCUGCCAUGGACGUGGAAGUGCAGUAAGCAGAUGAUGAAGUUGAUCCACGCAGGGCUUCAUGUUCUUGCCUUCAUUCUAGCCGUCAUUUCUGUGGUGGCUGUGUUUGAUUUUCACAAUGCAAAGGAUAUCCCUAAUAUGUACAGUCUACACAGCUGGCUGGGUCUGGCUGCUGUUAUCUUUUACCCAGUACAGAUAGUUAUGGGCAUCGCUGUCUACCUGAUACCUGUGAGUCCAGCAUAUGUGCGUGCUGCUUUAAUGCCUGUACACGUCUAUAGCGGCCUGUUCAUCUUUACCACCGUGAUCGCCACAGCUCUCAUGGGCAUCACAGAGAAACUUAUAUUUGCCCUGAAAAGCCCAGGUUAUAAAGACUCUCCACCAGAGGCCGUUUUGGUUAAUGUUCUCGGUCUGCUCAUCGCUGCGUUUGGUGGUCUUGUUCUCUGGAUUGCCACUCGACCCUCCUGGAAGAGACCGAGUGAACCGAUCACACAAACCCUGCACGAUACCAGCACAAGUCCAGAGGAGAUCAAAGGGGGCACUGCCGUAGCCGCAAGAUCCGAUCAAGAGUCCAGCGUUGAGACGCGCCGUCGUAAUGGAAAAACAGAAGAAUCUGAAUAAAUCCAAUGUUACUGAUAGAUAAAUAUCAUCAAGCGAAAUAUUUUCUAGAAGAGCUUUCAUACCAGACCAAGUAUUGUUUAUGUUACCCACUGGUAAUCUUUGUUAUUAUGGAAGCCUAAUGUGUUUUCAGUUUAUGAAGGGCAUUUUAAUCUAACAUCUGUUUGUGUGAAUUCAGUUGUGUAUAAUCAUACAGAAGCACGUGAUGUCCUUUCUUGCUGUUUCUAAACCUCAUAUUUGUCUAUAUAUGGUUUAUAUUUUUCAAUAUUUGUACUAUAUCAACAUUUAACACACUGUAUCUGUAUCUUAGUCAGGGGCAUUUACAUUUACAUUGUAAAAUAAGAUUUGUAGGUUUAACUUGAAAAAGUAAGUUACCUGGUAAUUCAACUUAAAAAUAUUAGUUAACUAAAUAGUUGCCAACCAAUAAUAAUAAUUCAGUUGAAUUAACAAAAAAAGGCAACCAGGUUAAUUUCUUUUUUAAAAUUGAACCUACUUUUAUUUUUUACAGUCAUUACCAGUGUAGUUCAUUUAUUUGGCACACACACUUUUGUCUUGUUUUCAGUACAAAUAUCAAUAAAUUAUUAAAUCAAGAUAUAUUUUCUUAAUGAGCAAGAAAAUAGGUCUAUAUAUUAAAAUUUAAGUGAAUAAGCAAAAACAAAUCUGCCAAUGAAAUAAAAAUUUUUAAAACUUAAAAUUCAGAGUUUUUGUUUUUCAUACCCCAUUGGCAGAUUUUUUUGUUUGUUUUAGACACAAAUUCACUUAAAUUGUAUAUUUUUUGUCAAAAAACAAAAAAAUUGACAAAUUUUCUUAGGUAAUUUUGCUCAUCAAGAAAAAUGCAUCUUAAUUUAAGAUUUUUUAGAUAUUUGUAAUGAAAACGAGACAAAGACUAAGUAAGAAAGUCAUUUGCAGUACACAUUGUGUUUAAAAGUUUGUAUUUGUGUUAGUAAGUAUUUUUUAUUGUAACUUGCUAUUAGUAGGAGCAUUUAGCAUUAGUACAAUGAUCUGUAUAUCCAAUAUUUGUGCUCUAUUUUUAUUGCAAGAUUAUUUAUCAUUCGACGUCAUGUUUUUAGUAUGAAUGGUCAAUACAAAUCAAUAAUAUUUAAGCAUUUUUGUGUAUUUUCCCCAUUUUUGAAAUGAAAAUGCUGUAAGAGGGACUACAAUAAAACAUGUUUUAUACCUUA